AUUUUAAUGGCGGCUGGUCUGUUGAUUGUUUCGUAAUUUUAUUUUGAUUUUGGUCGUAAUUAUGUUUUACGCUAGCCAAUGUUGUAAAUUAAGUAAAUAACGUAUAACUGUGACUGUAAAGUUGACUAUUACACUGAUAAGUCGGAGAUUGUAUGAUAACAACCGCAAAAAUGACGACACACGAAGUAAUGCACCAAGCUCAACAACAACAUAUUCAUGAAGUUCCUGUGUUGAAUUUGUUAGUGCCGAUGCAACAACAACAACAGCCUGUUAUGACGCAAUUGGUGCCAGUGCAGCAACCGGUACAGCCGAAUCCAGAGCCUGCCCCGCCGGCAAGCGAGGUCAAAAGACUGAAGUCGUCCGAUAAGAAGAAGAAAGAGGCGAUCGACGGUCAAGCGAAGGAAAUAAUAUUCAAAGUUAUUAAGUUUUUUGAGAGCGAGAAACAGAAUAGAGGCUACGCUUUUCCCGUGGAGAAUGUUGUCAAGCGAGCGUGCGCGGCGACAGGCUUAUCAGAAAGUACAAUCAAAAGAAUCAAACGGGACGGCUUGCGAGCGGAGGCGACUCAAACAAAAAUGACUGGUCCAAAAAAGAAACGGGUUAGAAAAACUAAAGUGCAAUUAGACUACUUCCAACUGUGUGCGUUAAGGGGCAUAGUGAACAGUUAUUCCCUACGUAAAGAAGUCCCAACGUUAGGUAAAAUAUUGGCAUCUGCCAAAAACGAACUCAAUUUUAAGGGUGGCAAGGAGUCUUUAAGGUUAAUAUUAUUGAAUAAGCUCGGCAUUAAGUUCAAGAAGUGCGAGAAGAAAAAUAAAAAGCCUCCGGAGCAAACGCCUCCGCCUCCGCAGCAAGUUCCGAACGUAAUGCCUCAUCCGCCCAUGCCUCAAAUGAAACCGAUGGAAAAUCAUUGCGUUUACACGAAUAUGAUGCAGCAUGUUCCUUCAGUGUCAUACUAAUACUAGAUUAGAAUUUUAGCGGUAAUAAAUGUAAAAAGUAUGAUUAAGAUGAAAAAUUGUCGAAUAAUAUUUUUGGUCUGUGUUAUGAAAUGAGACUUAAAAGUAGGUUACAUCCAAGUCUGCGAUUUGGUUUAAUUAAAUUAACAUUAUUUACACCACCAGAGUAAUAUUCUGCAUCUAUAUUCUUACAUAAGUGUCAUUUUAUAAUACAAACUACGUUGACAGUUUUUGUGCGAUGACUGUAUAAAAAUCAGAUCCACUGAAUAUCAGACGGAGUAUCUAUAAAUCUAACUUUUUCACAGUCAAUGCAUUCUUUAAUUCCCAGUUAAAAAACUUUAGGUGAGCAUUUUUCAAACCUAAAAAGUAAGUAGUGCGAGUUUAAGAUUAUAAUUCUUGAAAGUAUCCGCUAGGGAUGCUGUACAAUCUGUUAUUUAUUUAUUUAUUUCAUUAUUUAUUUAUUUAUUUAUAAUCUGCUUGAAGGCUCACAGAAAGUCCAACGCGCCAACAAGUUAUACAAUACAGAUAAUUUAUAAUGUCAAUGCCUAUGUAAAACUGUCAUACAUUUAAUGUAAUUUUUUUACGCAGUCCCUAGCAACGAUAUUCAAUGCUAACUCGCGCUUAUCACACUGCACUGGACCGUAAAGCAAAGAGUUGCUUAGAAAAUCUUCAAUCUUCAAAAGUACCUGACCUAGUUUUAUGAAACAAAAUAUAUUGGAAAUAUGCAAUUUAUUUUACACUAGCUUUUGCCAGCGGCUUAGCGGCUAAUGGCUGAAUUCUAGCUUAUUAUGAUAUGAGUUAUUAACAAUAACACUGUAGUUUCAUCAAAAUCCGUUCAGUAGUUUUUAUGUGAAACGUCCAUAAAAACUUUUGCAUUUAUAAAUUAUAUUAAUAAAUGAAUCGCAAAAUGUGUUGGUAAGCACAUAACUCAACAAUGUCUUGACCAAUUUUACCAAUUCUUUUUUUUUAAUGUUCGUUGAAGUAAAAGGAUAGUUUUUCCGGCGAUAAAUUUUUUUAUAAUUUUCGGGAAAACCGGGCGCAGAGCUAGUAUGUAGUAAGAUAAAAAGCUUGAAUUAAUUUUGUCUUUAUAGGUCAGGUACUAUCCGUUCGCGAUAAGUUUGCCGCUGGCGAUAUGACGUCACUCGAAGA